AUGGUCCCAGCGUCAGGACUCAUGUCUAUUGGCUCUUGUCCGCUUCAUGUCAUACACAACUCUUUUCGAAGAGGAACGACGAGCACGCAAUGGGCUAUUGAUGAAUCUGUCAAUGAAAUGUGGUUUCGGUUUUCAUGUUCUGCUGCACGUGAAGAUUUCGUCAAAGUUGCUCAUAGUAUCGUCGACGGCUACGCACGCUUCCUUCACCGUUUUGUUUGUACUCGAUGGAUUGAAAUUGGCAUGGUACUGGAACGGGUCCUCGAACAAUGGAACAUCAUCAAUGAGUAUUUUCUCAUAUAUCUUCCACAAUCCGACAAAACACUCGCCCGCAACGAUCGAUUCCAGAGGAUCACGACGACACUCAAGGACAAGUCAACAUUAACGCGCUUUCAUUUCAUACUGUAUCUAUAUCGAACUAUAUUCAAGAAAGCCCUUGUUUGGUUCCAGCAAGAACGACUACUCGUCCAUUUAGUGUUUGGUGAGUGUUGCAAUGUUCUUCGAAGCGUUCUUCUCUGUUUCGUUAAAGAGGAGUUAGUUGCGAACAAACAAGGCACACAAUUACUGUCAAUAUCCUACGAACUACAAAACAGCCAGCGUAUCGAUGGCAAGAUCGACAUUGGCGAAUCGACACGAAAUUGUCUUCACGACCUAUCAGUCAGUGAGAAAGCAGUCUUUUACAAAGGUGCUCGUGAGAUUUACUGCACAAUUACAAAAGAACUCAUUCGAACGCUGCCUAUCAACAAUACUCUACUACGCCAUCUUCAAUGUCUACAUCCUUUGCUGAGAAAAGAGAGUGCAUCACGAACUAACAUUCUAUGCAUCGCACGUUCAAUGCCGUUCUUAUUCAACGAAGACGAAAUCGAUCGACUUGGUGUCGAAUGGCGUACGUACGAAAUGGCCGAUAUUCCAGACGACUGGAUUGAAAACAAAACUGGUGAUGAAGAUCAAAGUGAAACAACUAUUUAUCAUCCGAUCGACACAUAUUGGCAUCACGUUUUCUCAGUUAAAACAUCCACUGGCUCUCCACAAUUUGUCGUACUUACGAAGCUCGUUAAAUGUCUCCUUUCUCUUUCUCAUGGCAAUGCCGACGUCGAGCGAGGCUUCAACGAAAACCGGCACCUUGUAUCUGAUGAACGAGCAUUCCUGAGCGAACAGUCUGUAAAUGGUCAACGAGCGACUUCAGCUGGUGUCAAAUUCUUCGCCGACGGAAAACCACAUCAAGUUGCAAUCACAUCAAACCUGCUGGACAAUGUGAAGAACGCUCAUUCUCGAUAUCGCAAGGAUCAAGAACAACAAGAGCAGUUGCGAAGAAACAAAGAAAUUGCUGAUCAGGCAGCAAAAUCGGCGAAAACUCAGCACGAACUUUUGGCGGAACAAGAACUAGAUCUACUUGAAAAACAAAAACAACUACAAAUCGAGCUCAAUCAUGCAACACAUCUGUUCGAAGAAGGCAACCAACGACUCAAGGCGGCGAUCGACGCAAGGAAUUUUUCUGAAAUCGAAACAUCUGGGAUACUGAUCGAUAGUGGCAAGCGAAAGCUUACGAAUAUCAAUACUGAAAUCGUCCAGAACAACGAUGCACUUAAUCAAUUACGAAAAAAAAUGAAGAAAUAA